CCCUUGUGUUCGCUCUUGAUCGGGUUUUAAAAGUCCGGAUCUGAACCGGAUCUUUCCUGCUUUGUUCCGCCCCAGACUCCUCUUUCCUUUCUCUCGCCCUGAGCCCGCAUCUCACACUUACACCUUUCUUUACCAACCAACCAUCACCAACCGAUUACCAACACCAUCCAACAUCCAAACUCAACUCCCAAACAACCAAACCCGCCCACACAUCCAACCCACCCUCGACAUUUCCACCAUGGGCUCCACCAACCCACCCCCCACAACCACAACCACCACCACCACCACAACCAUCCCCCCACCAACGUUUGCGUUGGACACCCUCCCGGACGCCUCCUCCCCACGCCUGGUCCUCGCCCGACCCACACCGGGCGAGCGCGAGCGCACGGCGCGGCACACCUAUCCCACGUGGGGCUUCGCCCUCGCCGAGGCCGACUACCUGGCGCGCGAGACCUACCUGACGACGGUGCCGCUGGCGCGCGACGGCGGCAUCACCCACUGGAUCCUGACGGAUGCCGAGCUGCCGCCGGAUGGCAGGCCGAUUCUGUCGUCUUGUGAGAGUUUGAGGAAGCGGGCUGUGACGACGACGACGACGACUCAUAAAGAGGUGUUGGUGGAGGGGGUGGCGCAUGGGAUUGGGAGUGUUUUUACCGAGCCGGCUUUCCGCGGGCGCGGGUAUGCGAGUCGCAUGAUGCGGGAGGUCGGGGAGAAGUUGCGCGGGUGGCAGGCGGCGACGGCGGCGGCUCCUCCUGCGGCGGCUGCUGCUGCUGCUGCUGGUGCGGGGGAGAUGCCUGCGGUGGAGAGGGAGCAUUCGCUGUUUUCGGUGCUGUAUAGCGAUAUUGGGAAGAAGUUUUACGCGAAGCAUGGGUGGGCUCCGUUUGAGAGCUGCCAUGUUUCGUUCAAGCCGGUGGAGGGCGCGGCGGCGGGAGGGAAGGGGCAGGUUGCGAAGGCGCUUGGGUACCAUGAGCUGGCGGAGCUGUGCGCGGUCGAUGAGAAGCUGCUGAGGGCGGAUCUGGCGCGCCGUGGGGGCGGCAAGCCGCAUGUGGCCAUCUUGCCGGAGCUGGAUGCCCUGUUGUGGCAUCUCAUGCGCGAGGACUACAUGACCAAGUCGAUCUUUGGAAAGACGCCGACGGUCAGGGGCGCAGUGGCCGGCGAGCCCGGGAAGAGGGUCUGGGCGGUGUGGAUGAGGGGGUACUACGGCGGGCUGAAGAAGCUGGAAGGGAAUGUUCUGCAUGUUCUGCGGGUCGUGGUUGAGGAUCCAAACCAGCCUGAUGACGAGAUGGUUGCUGGAUUCCGGUCCAUUGUGCAGAUUGCGCAGCAUGAGGCGGCCGCGUGGAAGACACAAGACAUCCACAUCUGGAACCCGGGUCCGAAGCUCAAGGGUCUGGUCGAGAAGUGCGGGAUCGAGUCCGAGUUCGUCAACCGAGACAGCGAGAGCAUUGCUAGCUUGAUGUGGUAUGGAGAGGAGCCAACUGCCGAGGUGGAUUGGGUUGCCAACGAGAAGUACGGCUGGUGUUAAGGCUGGCGAAGGGAGGGCAUAGAAGCAUUCUUUGAGAGGCGUUUAGAUUGAGAAUCAAGAUGUGCACCUGCAUUCAUUCGUACGUUCGACUGGCCCCGGGCGUGAAUAUGCUGUAUGUGUUCCAACGCAUCUUUUCGCUAAUUAAAGGAUGCCACCGCGGACAUUUCCCAGCCGACAGAGAGGCUGCUUGCCCGCUUCACCUCCGAC